AAAAUUCGAAUCCUCUUCCCCUAAUACCUCGGACCCAUUCUCCAGUCAAUUGCAGGGAACGUCUCCCCCGCCAAGACCGCCGUCAGAUCCGUCAGCCAUGGCUUCCCCCUUCGAGACCGCGAAGCUCUCCCUCGACUACCUCCCCUACGCCUGCGAAUUCGACCCCCAAGAUCCGAAUCGCCUUCUCAUUGGCGGAGGAGGUGGUGCCAACCGCAGCGGUGUCGCCAACAAGAUUACAGUAAUCGACACCUCAGCCAAGGAAGAAUUGCGCAUCAGCGGCGAAGCCGACCUCAGCCGCAAUGAGGACAGCGUCAUGACCCUCGCCGCCGGUCCCAAGAAGGGCAGAACGAGCUACCUCUACGCCGGCAUCAACUCGAGCCCCGCCGAGGUCGAGAAGGGCAAGAACGAGCACUUCCGCGCCUUUGGCAUCGAGCAGAGCAAGGCGCGCGUCUCGGCCGGCGCCAACGCUCCUAGCGUGAGCCUGGCUGAGCUGUCGCGCACCUCCAUCUUUGCCCAUAACGAGAUCGACAAGGAUGCGUACCAGCGCGUCCUCCGGCUGUCUGCGCCGUAUGGCGAGAAGCAGCUUGGUGUCGUGGCGACGGGGUUGGCUAAGCAGUCGCAGAUUGCGAUUUUUGAGAUUGCGGCUGGGAAUGCUACCAAGCCCAAGAUUCUCGGACAGUUGGACGUUUCCAAGGAGCCCGUGGACGUGGAUGUCAUUCAGACUGGGGAGGACUCGUACCAGGUCGCGUACUGCGACGAGCGCGAGCUUUUCAUCAUCAAUGUUGUAGAGUCUGAGAUUGACGGUCCUCACCAUGCCUACGAAAUCAAGGAGGACGGCUCCGGUACCUGGCCUAACUUCCGGUCAAUCCGGUACCUCUCAAAAGAUUUUGUUCUGGCGGGCACCAACAUUCCCAAGCGGGGUGGUGCAAUUCUUUUGGGAAUCCGACUUCCGCUCAAGGAGGACGAACCUGGACGCUUGGCGGCGACGGUGAAGCUGCCUCGUGCGGUGAACCAAAUUACCACCAUUGCUGCGCGGAAUCUCACUCCUCCCUCAGCCCCUGGCGCUAAGAUUGGCAACGCGCAGUUUCUCGUCGCUGCAGUUGGCCAGGAUCGGUCGAUAUCACUCUUCACGCUCGAGCAUCAUGCGCACUCGAGCAUUGACUUGCUUGUCGACUUUGAUCUGCUCACGACGUUGAAGGAAGUACACCCUCUGCAGAUCACAAACGUCACCCUCUCUCACUACAUCCCGCCCAAGACCACCGCCCGCCCUCAGUACAUUAAGCUGGCGAGUAUCUCAAUGAAGAACACCGUCAUCGUGCACUCCAUCCUCUUGAAGAAGUUCACCGACAGGGACGCUCCCAUCCGCAAGGGCGGUCCGCCGCGACCCCAGCGCUAUGCGGUUGCCCUGCAACCCCGCAAGUGGUCCAAGACCUGGCUCGCAGCCACGACGGUCCUCGUCCUCGUGUUGGCUAUCCUCUUCCAACUCGGCCUCGAAACCAUGGACGCAAUUCAACCGCGCAUCCUCCCCAGCCGCGGCUCCGUCGCAAACGUGCCCAACGAGUUCCUCACCUCUCUCAUCGGCGACGUCCACGCUCUGCAGGGCGACCCGAUCGUCAUCCGCGAGGACGUUGUCAGCCCCACGCACAUUGAAGAAGACCCCGUCCCUAGGUUCCAGGCCGCCGUGCACGAUGAAGAGGUGUACGGUCCCGCGGUCAGCUGGGAGGACCUGGCGCCGCAGCAGAAGAAGCUCUGGAAGGAGAAGCUUUCCAAGGCGGGUCACUGGACGCAGAAUAUGGGCGAGAGCGUGUUCAAGGGCGUCUUGUUUGGGGAGAUUGCGGGGGCGGUGGGACGCGCUGUGGGAGGUCAAUGAGGUGAGUGUAUUUUGUGAAGUUGGGGGAGGGAGGCCCGGGGUCAAAUGAGAUAUAUUAUUAAGAUGUGUUUACGGAAAUGUGUCGUUCAUAGAACUUGUCCGGGACGGGCAUGUACGAUUUAAUCACGAAGUUGUACGAUUUAUUGGAGAAUGACUUUUUGGAAGAUGAGAAGAGUCAUUGUGUGAGGUUGGUGAUUGAUCUGUCGGGUGUGAGGUGAUGUGAUGGAGUCCGUCUCGUGUUCCUGCUGGGGUCUCAGGAGAAGGAGUGAAGUUUGUCGGUGGUACAUGUCUCCACGGCUUGCGAUGCUGCACUGGUCGUCUGGGAUGU